AUGGAGAACGGCGCUAUUUCUCAAGGAGAGGGCAAGGACCCUUCAAGCUUCCUCGGCAACAUCAUCGGCAACCCUGUCACUGUCAAACUCAACUCUGGUGUCGUCUACAAGGGCGAGCUUCAGUCGGUGGACGGCUACAUGAACAUUGCGUUGGAAAAGACAGCAGAGUAUGUCAACGGUCAGAAGCGCAGGGAAUACGGUGACGCCUUUGUGAGAGGAAACAACGUCAUGUACAUUUCAGCAGACCCAUGA